UAACCACAGGGAGCCCAGCAGCCCCUGGGGCUGGGGCCAGUGGAGGGCUUCAGCACAGCCUAAACCAACCCUCACCAAACAGCUGGAGCACUGAGUCCCCUGGGCUCUGGUGUCCAACCAUGGAACGCCACUUCACAGACCAUAGGGGAGAACAAUCACCAACAGAUGGGACCACCAUGAGCCUGGCCAGCCCAGAGCCCACGGAGGAGAGCGUGGCAGUGUGCUGGUCAGGGGCCAUGAAAAGAGAGGAGACACCUCCUCGGCCGGGGCCGGCCCCCCUCCACGGGGAGGACGUCUACUUGGCCUGCAGGGCCCGGGCAAUGCUGGGCUGGAGCAGCUCUCCAUCCUCCCCGUCCUCCUCCUCAGAGUAUCAGUCUUACUCCCAGUACCAGUCUUGCUACUCCUGCAUGUACGACGAUGAAGACACCGCCCAGCAGAGCAUGUGUGCCUUCUACACCCACGUGCAGACGGUGCAGGGCGUGGCCGUGGCCUGGGAGACUGAGACAGGCUUUGAGCCGGUCAGCAGGAAGCCCCGCAUUCACGAGGCCGCGUUCAUCAAGAGGCAGAGGCGGAAAGGCACCUCCUUUGAGAUGGCUUCCAGCACCGACCUGCGCUGGGAACUGGAAGCCAGCAAGAGCAACUGCUGCCCAGAGCAGGAUGACACGGAGCUGCUGGGGCCUCUGGAGCUGUGCCUGCCAGAGCUGCGGGACACCCCCGACUGGCUGGUCACCACGGACUAUGGGCUGCGCUGCGUGGCCUGCUGUCGGGUCUUCCCCACGCUGGAGGCUCUGCUCAAGCACGCCCAGUAUGGCAUACAAGAGGGCUUCAGCUGCCAGAUCUUCUUUGAGGAGAUGCUGGAGAGAAGAAGGCGGGCCCGGGGCCGAGUCCAGGAUCAAGAGUUGGAGGAAUUAGAGAGCCCUUCAGAAGGCAGCGGACCUCGCCGGCCCCAGGCCAGGGCGUUUCCCUCACAGCGGCAGCAGAGGCAGUGAGCUGGAGGUGAUGUGCCCAGCCCUGCUCUCACCUCUGGCGCCGCAGUUGAUCCUCCCCCAGCCAGCAGGGCCAGAGCUACCUGGGCAGGGAGAGAGGAGGAGAGCCGGGGGGAAGAAAGCAAGCAGGAGCCAGAGCUGGCAGGGUCGUGAAAAGGGGAAGAACUCUUCCAAAGGGCACAGCAUUUCAACCAGAGUCCGUUUCAAACCUGAAUCCAAAGAGGAGGGCUUCAAGUGUUUCUGAUGAUGGGCACAAGAUCUGAAGCCUGCAAGCGUGUGGACACAGGGAGUUUUAUUUUUGCUGGUGGAUCAAGCAGGUCGUGACCCACAGGAGAGCCAACUGCAAAGGAAGCUUCCAGCCUAUGUUUUUCAUUGUUAGGAACCUGUUAUAUGCCCGAAUUCUAUGUCUUAUUUUGGUGGGAUUAAACUUGAGUCACUCAAAACUUAAGGCAACAUCUAAA